UAAAAGAACGAAGGUUAACGGCGAGGCGAAAAGCACGGGUAUAAAAGGGAGCCGGCUUCCAUUCUGCAUCAGUCAUCCCAGCAGCCUAUCUUGGAGUGCCGAGGAAGACGAAAACUGCAGCUAUGAAGCUUUUGGUAGCGAUAUGUCUGAUGGCGGCGAGCGUCAGUGCCCAGUAUGGUGACUCUGGUGUUGUUCAUCCUGACGGAAGGUUGGAGCAGUUCACCCGUGAGCAGGCCGACAACAUCGCCGCCAUCGGAUCAGCUGGCGUUAUCAUGCACGACGGGAGACACGUUCAGUUUGGCCAAGACAUGGCUGCCGCCCACAACAACCUUCCUCGCCAACGCCGUAGCAAUCCCCAUGUGCUGUCCCAUGGUCCAUCUGGAGUAAUUUUCAAAAAUGGCAAAGGGAGGCAGCUGGGCCGUGGCGUAACCAUGGUUCUCAGUAGUGACUCCGGAACUAUAUUCUCCGACGGACGGAACAUCCAGCACAGCGCCAAGAAAAGAUCAGCCCCCAUUGUUGGCGACUCAGCGAUCAUCACUCCUGGCGGAAAAUUGAUUCAGUUUCCUCACGGUGUCUCUGUCGUCGUGGCCGGUCCCUCUGCAGCCCAGCUGUCCAACGGCCAGAGCAUCCAGUAUGAACAUUAAUCCUCUCAUCAUCCUCGUCGCUGCUAGGAGGCUGCUGGAUGCAACUGACGUGACCGCUUUUUUGAGACAUUUGGUGACCUGAGGUCAUACAUUUUGUUGACUGGACUUAGCUGACGAAUUGGGCACUUCCUUUUUCCUUUGAUAAUCAAGUGAUCGUUGUCUUUUACAUUGUAUAUCUUUUAAUCUUUCUUUCAAUUAUGUACAAGGAAUACAUAUGUGCAAUCAAAAAAUGAAAAA